AUGGAGAGAAUAUUAAAGCAAAAGGGUGUCGAUAACUCAGAAUACAGGAUACUCAGCGACACCAUGGCUAUUCUUGACAAUCUCACUCAGUGUUUACGGACCAAAUUGGAGGGGUGUACAAAUGAAGAUCAGCUGAUUAGUAGGGCUCAGGAGCUCCAGAAGAAUGAGCAGUUUUGGGCAGGAGUGGUAUUUGAGCUUCCUGAUUCUGCUACUGAGUUUCUUCCCUCUGAUGUCACCUACAAGAUCCGAAUGGACAGCAAACAUAGGACCGAUAGAAUCUACGAUGAAAGUCCUUGGAUACCUGGUCAAUUUAAAGAAUGGAACCAGCCACGUGAGUACAAGAACUACCUUAGCGGUGGCUUUGUGCAUCUUCAGCACAUGGUGGAGAUGGCCUUGAUUGAAAAACUGACAAACCAGACACCAAACACUGGCCUCUACUAUAAGCAAAUGCCAUUCCCCUGCUUUAGGUCUACUGCUUAUUUUACACAACUUGAUUAUGGCAUUCCAAUUUUAACUGUACUGGUUUGGAUGUUUAACGUCGCAGUGACAAUUAAUGACUUGGUCAGUGAGAAAGAAGCCCGUCUGAAAGAAACCAUGAAAAUGAUGGGACUGAAAACAGCAACACUGUGGCUCAGCUGGUUCAUCACCAGUCUUGUGCCUUACCUGCUGAGUACAGUAAUAAUGGUCAUGCUAUUUAAGUUGGGUGACAUCCUACCACAAAGCAAUUGGAUGGUCAUAUUUAUUUUCCUGAUUUCAUUUGCCUCGGCAAAUAUCACGCUGUGUUUUCUCAUCAGUACUUUGUUCUCCAAUGCCACCAGGGCUGCCGCAUGUGGGGCGGUCUCAUACCUAUGCUUAAUAUUUGCAUACAUGCCAUUUAUGUCCUGGCAAAACAUCCCUAGUACCACUAAAUUUUUCGCUAGCUUUGUGUGUCAUGUGGCCUUUGGUUUUGGUUGCCAUCAUAUAAUAGAUUCUGAGAUAACAGGCGAUGGGGUCCAAUGGUCCAAUUUGCUGUCCAGUGAUGGAGAUUCAUACAACUUCCAUACAUGUGUAGCAAUGCUUUUUGUGGACGCCUUCCUCUAUGCUACAGCAGCCUGGUACAUUGAAGCAGUGUUCCCGGGUGAGUAUGGUGUCCCCCAGCCGUGGAAUUUUGUCUUUGAUAUCAACUACUGGAGGGGUGUUCAACUGAAGAAUGACAUACCAAUCCCUACUGUCCCUAAACGGCAUUGUGAAGAUCACAUUGAAGCAGAUCCAAGUAACCUGGUCCUUAGUGUCAAUAUAAGUAACCUGGUGAAACUCUACAAAAAAGGAGGCAAGAUGGCUGUCAACCACCUCGACCUAAGGUUUUAUGAGGGGCAAAUCACCUCACUUCUCGGACCAAAUGGAGCGGGAAAAACAACUACCAUGUCUGUGCUGAUUGGUCUGUUCCCUCCUACUUCGGGGACCGUGUAUAUCCGAGGGAUGGACAUCCGGGAAAACAUUGACAUCAUCCGGAAGACCCUGGGAUUUUGUCCACAGUACAAUGUCCUGUUUGACUAUAUGACGGUGCAAGAGCAUUUGUGGUUUUAUGGAUGUCUCAGGGGCAUAUCUAAAAAAGAAGUAAAGGCUCGCCUCAAUUCUUGGCUCAAAGAUGUUGGACUGCUUCACAAACGUCAGGAACAGACAAAAUUCCUCUCUGGUGGAAUGAAGAGAAAGCUGAGUGUGGCACUUGCAUUAAUCGGCCAACCAAAGGUGGUUGUUUUGGAUGAACCUACAGCAGGGAUGGACCCGAACACCCGUCGAGGGAUCUGGGACAUGUUGUUGAAAUAUCGCAAAGACCGAACAAUCAUCCUGGCCACUCACUACAUGGAUGAGGCAGAGAUACUUGCUGAUCGUAUUGCCAUUAUUUCCCAAGGAAGGCUGUGCUGCUAUGGGUCCCCAGUCUUUCUUAAAUCUAAACUGGGGGUUGGCUCCACCCUGACUCUGGUCAAAGAGGUAUCAAUGGCGUACCGCAACCUUUUUGACUGUGUGUCGGAGCUGCGAGUUGGAUUCGCCCUCCUUAGGCUGCGUCACUUUGUCAGCAGUUCGGCCGUGUGGAGUUUGUUUGUUUCUUCCUCGUUGGAGCGACUGACUGCCCGUGCCGCUGACAGCCCGUGCCAGUGA